UUUGUUUCUCCGAAAGAAUUUUUGAAAGGAAUGAAGUUGUUAAAGAAUUGUGGUGAUGGUGGUUUGACUGAAAAUGUUGAAUUUGAUAAAAUUGGGAAUGGAGUUAAAGGAAUAUUUUUUGGUGCUAAAUGGGAUGAAAAUUUUUCACUAAUUUCACGUAAUGGAAGAAAUAUUUUACUUUCUGAUCCUUUAGGGUAUCCUUGGGAAAGAAAAUCUUUGUAUGAAUUAACUGAACAUACAGUCCAUCGAUUGUCAGAAAUGGCUUCUUUGAUUUUAUUUACUGAUGGUUCACCGGAAGACACUGAAUUUUCUAUUCAAUUGUUAACUACCUGUAUUGAUAAUUUAUUACAAGGAGAACAAAAAGACGAACAAAAUGAGUCUAAAAAUACUUUAAAAGGAGAUUUAAUCUCGCUCAAUUCAGAAAAUGCAAAUUCUUUGGGAAAUGAUCCUUUUCAAUUUUUUUAUACUGGCGAGGACCCUAUUUGUGAUGAUGUUUUGGAAAAUCUUGGACAAGAAAAUGCAGAUUUACCUCUUUUAUUAAUUUGUGAUGUGCUUGCUGGACAUUUAGCUAUUUGUGACAAGCCUGAUGUUAGUGAGGAUGUUCUUCGUGAAUUUGUAGAGGAAUAUAAAAAUGGAAAAUGUAAACAAGUUAUUCCAAUUCCGAGUAACAAAAAAGUACAGAGCCGUACUGUUGGUGGAAUCCCUGCAGAAGCGCUUGAACAAUUAUUAAAUAAUUCAGCAACAACAAUUACUUAA